GAUCGAUUUCGAGUCAAUCGAGUUGGCUCGACUCGAUCUUUCUUAUCUUUACUUCAUAAAUACAAAUACAUACAGUGAUCAAACCACCACACAUCACUCUUUUCACAGACAGUAGUAACACUCUCUAGAACUAAAAUUUACUCAAAUUCACAUUACAAAACUACCCAUACCCGCCGGAACCAGAACCACCGCCAUGGGACUAGCCAACAACAUAACAGCAAUCCUAAACUUCGUAGCAUUUCUCUGCUCAAUCCCCAUCAUAGCCUCCGGCAUAUGGCUCGCUUCAAAGCCCGACAACGCCUGCGUCCACUACUUCCGAUGGCCGAUAGUAAUUCUCGGCACGCUCAUCCUCCUCGUCUCCCUCGCCGGAUUCGUGGGCGCUCACUGGUACAAAGAGACUCUCCUCGCAUUCUACCUUUGCUGCAUGGCAAUUCUCAUCGGACUUAUUCUGAUCUUGCUGGUGUUUGCCUUCGUGGUCACACGAGCCGAUGGCGGGUAUGCGGUGGCCGGUAAGGGCUAUAAAGAGUAUAGGCUUGACGGGUUUUCUUCUUGGUUGAGAAAUCAUGUGGUGGAUAGUGGGAAUUGGGUUAAGAUUAGGAGUUGUUUGAGUGACGGUGAGGUUUGUUCUAAGCUUACUCGUAAUUAUAUUGGUGCUGAUCAGUUCUUUGCUGCUCAUAUUUCUCCUCUUCAGUCAGGUUGCUGUAAGCCUCCAACAGUAUGUGGCUACAAUUAUGUGAACCCAACACUGUGGUUAAACCCAGCGAACCCAACAGCAGACCCAGACUGCUACUUAUGGAACAAUGACCAGACUCAGCUCUGCUACAAUUGCAAUUCUUGCAAAGCUGGUUUAUUAGGAAAUCUUAGGAAAGAAUGGAGGAAGGCUAAUGUUAUCAUUAUUGUAGCGGUUGUGGUGCUUAUAUGGGUCUAUCUCAUUGCCUGUAGCGCCUUCAAGAACGCUCAAACCGAAGAUCUUUUCCGUCGGUACAAACGGGGUUGGGUUUGAUCUUGCCUAAGGGUAUGCAAAAACUGGAUAACCGAACCUAAAGAUUCGGUUUCGUUUGUUUGAUUAUAUAAAAAAACGACAGUUUUUGAUUCGGUUAAGUUUUGGAAAUAGAAAAGUUAGUUAAGUUAUAGUGUAAACCAAACCGACUUUUGAACUGAAUGCACCCCCCUAAUCUUGCCUCGAGUUGUUGCUUUUGGCUCAAUGGUGGCUCUUUGUUUGCUUUAUUGUAAUUCAUGAAUGUAAUCGUUUUCAUCAGUGUACAUAUUCCUUUUUCUUUA